AGGUUAUAUCUUUACUACCAAUUCAUAUUACCGGAUACCGAAACUUAUGAACAAAAAUAGGAGACAAUAUUAAUAUUACAUUCUUAUUGAAAAAGAACACGAUGUUAUCUAACUUUACUAUCUUUUGUCAGUCAAGUCAAAGUUCGCUACGUUUAAUCGCUCGCAAAAUCUUUACCCGUAACAGUUCGAAGUUUUCCACGUCUAUUAAUUCCAUAAAAAUGAGUCGACCAAAAGUUUUAGUUACACGUCCAGAUAUUCCAACUACCGGAUUAAAUUUGCUUAAAGAACAAUAUGAUGUUAUUUUAUGGGAAAAACCUGAACCAAUUCCUAGAUCUGUAUUACUAUCAAAAAUACAAAAUGUAGAUGGUGUUUAUUGUCUACUAACUGACAAAAUAGACAAUGAAGUUCUAGAAGCAGCAGGACCACAAUUAAAAGUUGUUGCAUCUAUGUCAGUUGGUGUUGAUCAUUUGGAUUUAAAGGCUUUAAAACAAAGGAAUAUUAAAGUUGGUUACACCCCUGGCAUUUUAACUGAUGCAACAGCUGAAUUAACUAUGGGAUUACUUUUAGCUACAUCUAGAAGAUUAAUAGAAGCAAACAGAGCUAUUUACAAGGGUGAAUGGAAAGCAUGGUCACCUACUUGGAUGUGUGGUCCUGGUUUAUCUGGAUCUACAGUUGGAAUAGUAGGAUUAGGUCGCAUUGGUAGACAAGUAGCAAAAUGUGUCAAAGGCUUUAAUGUUGCCAAAAUAUUAUAUACAAGUAGAACUAUUAAGCCAGAAGCAUCUGAAUUUGGAGGGGAGAAAGUAGAAUUUGAUGCACUGUUACAAAACAGUGACUUUGUAAUUGUCACAACAGCUCUAACAUCAGAAACAAAGCAGAUGUUUAAUAAAAGUACAUUUCAUAAAAUGAAAAGAUCUGCUAUAUUUAUAAAUAUUAGUAGGGGCGAAAUUGUUGAUCAACCUGCUCUAGUAGCAGCUUUAAAAGAUGGAACCAUUAGAGCUGCAGGCUUAGAUGUUAUGACUCCUGAACCAAUUCCAUUAAACAGUGAAUUACUGACUUUAGAUAAUUGUGUGAUACUACCCCAUAUUGGUAGUGCUGCUACAGAAACACGAGAGGAAAUGUCAAAAAUUACCGCUAAAAAUAUAAUUGCGGUCUUGCAAGGAAAACCAAAUGAAAUGCCUUCUCCACUACAACUAUAAAUACAAAGUGUAUUCUUAAGUAUAAAAAUUAAUCAAUCUACUAAAUACAUAUUGGAAUAUAUACAAAAAAUAAAUUAGUUUUGUAUACA